CUGGCCGGGUAUCUGCGUCAACCCUCACACACUGAGCAGACGAGGACGUGGAGCAGAAACUUCAUCAGCAAACCCAGUGAACGAGCUUCACCCAUGAGCUCAACACCAGUCUCCUGGUUACAACUGAACUGAACGUUCUCUCACACACACACACACACACACACACACACACACACACACACACACACACACAUUAAUUACCAAAUACAUCCACACACAGGUAGCAGAUAAAACCCAGAAUAUCAUAAAAACAAGGAGGUGGAGAAGGAGGAGAAAGUGGAGGAUGUGAAGAACACAGAGGAUGUGGAGAAGGCAGAUGAAGAAGAAAAACUGGAAGAGGUGAAGAAACUGGAAAAAUAUGUGGUGGUGUAGAGAGAAAAAAUGUUCUAAAUGUUAAUUUCUCAGAGCUCAGAGUUUGAUCACAGCUGCUUGGUUCUUUCAGGAGCUUUCAACCUCUGGAGGAUUCAGGAACAAGUUGUUUAUAAUAUGAGUUCUUUAUGUGGAACCUGGACUUCAGAUCUGAAUUUUUUUCUGAUUCUGAAAGAAAUGGAAUGAGAGCAGGAGCCUGUGUGUGUGAAUCCUGUACAGUCUGAAGAUUCUUCUGUAAUAAUAAUAAUAAUAAUAAUAAUAAUAAUAAUAAUAAUAAUAAUAAUUUGAUACUAAGUGUUUUGUGCAUUUUGUGUUACAUUUUAAUUUAAAGUUCGAGAGAGAGAGAGAGAGAGAGAGAAAGAGAGAAGUGUGUGUUACUCCAAGCUUUCACCACAAGGAGGGAGUUUUCUUUGGGAAGGUUCUUCUUGGAGUGUGCGGAACGGUGCGCUUGAUCUGUUCCUGGAAAGCUGAUUAGAAGAACAAGGUUUGGAGAGUAGAUCUACUGCUGCAUGGAGACUGUGAGCAGCACAAUGUCGCAUUCCUCAGAGAGCCACAGGAUGGGUGAUGUGAUGGAGAAGUACACGGAGCUGAUCUUUGGACAGGUGAAGAACGGAGCAGAUGUGGCACGGAUGCCCUGCGUCGCGCAGAACUUCGGAGACGUGGAUCCUCUAUGCGUUCUGUCCGCUCCGAUCCCCGGCACCGAUUUCCCCGUGAGCGCGCGCCAGGACGGCACCGAGGACUUUCUUAAAAUGGAACCUGGACCAUGGGAAGACAUCACAGAAAAAGUGUUCCCACUCAAGGAGACCACGGACCCAGAGAUCGCGUGUAAGUUUAUUAAGGACGAGCGGGAACCGGCGAUGAUCUCAGGUCUGAUCCCGCAGAACCUUGCCGUGCUGGAUGUGUCCACAUCCUCUCUCACCCCGCUCCUGGAAUCCAAUGCAGGAGUGAUGGUAGAUGUUCCUCAUCCCGGUGCAUUAAUGUCUCUGCCCCAGGUGAAGCCCGAGGCGGCCGCUGCGCUCCGCUUUGACUCUGCGGGAGUGUGUAAGAGUGAGACUGGAGGAUGGGACCCGCACCUGUGGUUCUCCUCCGCGCUGGAUGACGGCGGACAGAUCAGUUUCUCCGCGCCGGAAGGAAUUCACAACUCGGGUCUCAUUCAGCGAUCUUCCGCGGUGUUCAGCGCUUUCCCGGGUGUACAUACACAGAGAGCAUGUGUGAUUUGCGGAGAUGAGGCUUCAGGUUGCCAUUACGGAGUUCUGACGUGUGGAAGCUGUAAGGUGUUCUUCAAGAGAGCUGUAGAAGGACAUCACAACUAUCUGUGUGCUGGGAGAAACGACUGCAUCGUAGAUAAAAUCAGAAGAAAAAACUGCCCUGCGUGUCGUCUCAGAAAGUGCUACCAGGCCGGGAUGAUGCUUGGAGGUCGUAAGUUGAAGAGAUUCGGUGUUCUGAAGGCCAUGGGUGUAGGCUCGUCCCUGAUGUUCCAGGGCCAUGCUAUGACCUCCAUGUCUUGUGUUCCCGGGUUCCAAGAGCUCCAGUUUUCACCUCAAUUCGUAAACAUCCUUGAGAACAUUGAACCUGAGAUGGUCUACUCCGGCUUCGAUAACUCUCAGCCUGAAAUGCCACAUCUGCUCCUGAACAGCCUGAACAGACUGUGUGAGAGACAGCUGCUGUGGAUCGUCCGCUGGUCCAAGUCUUUACCAGGUUUCCGUAAUUUACACAUUAAUGAUCAGAUGACUCUGAUCCAAUACUCCUGGAUGAACCUGCUGGUGUUCUCUCUGGGCUGGAGAACCUUCCAGAAUGUCACCCCCGAAUUCAUGUACUUUGCUCCAGACCUCAUCCUCAGUCACGACUGUCUGAGAAUGACUCCGAUCUACGACCUGUGCUUGGCCAUGCAGGUGAUCCCUCAGGAGUUUGCACGGCUGCAGGUCACCAGAGAUGAGUUUCUGUGCAUGAAGGCUCUAAUGCUCCUCAACACCGUUCCUUUAGAAGGUUUGAAGAGUCAGAAUCAGUUCGAUGAGAUGAGACAGAACUACAUCCGAGAGCUGAGUAAAGCCGUGCAGGUGAAGGAGAAAGGGGUGGUGGGAAGCUCACAGCGUUUCUACCAGCUCACCAAACUCAUGGACUCAAUGCAUGAGAUUGUGAAGAAGGUCAACCUGUACUGCCUCAGCACCUUCAUCCAGGCCGAUGCCAUGAAGGUGGAGUUUCCCGAGAUGAUGACAGAGGUGAUCGCAUCACAGCUCCCGAAGGUUCUUGCUGGCAUGGUCAGGCCCCUCCUCUUUCAUGGGAAAUGAUGUCAUAGCACAGCAAACUGGAUUGUGGGAAACGGAUGAGUGCCUUUCAGCUUUCAGCUCAGCGUUGUGAUCGGGGAGAACACCUGGGAAAACAUCUUGGGGAACGUCUGGGUGAAAGACCGUGAGAACGGCUGGGAAAAUGUCUAGGAGAACUUGCUUAUUUUUACUGCUCUUAUGGACAAACAUGUGUUUUUGUUUUGAUGUUUAGUUAGAAGUAAAAUAAAACUUUCACAUUUUCUGUAACUGUCUCUGAGGAACAUCUGAGUCCUACAGUAAAAUUCCAUUGUGAGGGUAAAUUUAGGACUAUAACAGCACUCAGUGUAUGUUACACUUUAUCUUUAAUACCUUUUAAAAAAGAAAAAACUUAAUCUCUGAUGAGUAAAGAAUGAAUGUACAGAAACUUCUCUGGCUUUGAAAGUGACUUGAGGUUGGUACUGCUGGGUUUUAUCUGGUGCUUCUGACCUAACGAUCUUUAAUGUGGACUGUAAUAUGGACAGGACUACAGAAUAAACUGCAUGAACCUGA